AAGAGUAGAGUUUCUCAAUCUGUCACUUUGCUGGGUGGAGUGUUGUUUGAUGGAGGAAGGAAAAAUCGGAUACAGGAACUCCAUGACUUUCUGACAACUCCCGUGAACUGACUUCCGAUGAAUACUUCACCCGAUAGCGUGUUGUUAUCUUUUCACCGUUAUACCUGUUAGCUACUCUUUGCGUUAUCUUACAACUGUGGAACAACACCCGAGCGCCUGUGUCAGAAGUUAACAUGCUAACCACCGCUAGCUGCUGCUACUUGACGUAGCUAUGGUUCAUCUGCUAGAAACUCCCAGCGAAAAGAGCGGUAGUUUGAGUGUCACGACUAUUUUUUUUUUUUUAGCGACAAAGUGAGCGGCUUUUUGACCGAUUUUGCCUUCUAGAAAACGAAGCUAUCAAACUGUCACAGAAAUGGGACUACACCCGCUGGAGUUUAGUGAGUGCUAUCUGGACAGCCCCGGCUUCAGGGAGAAAAUAAAGGCACACGAAGCAGAGCUGGACAAGACUAACAGAUUUAUCAAAGAACUGUACAAAGAUGGGAAGAACCUCAUCAAUGCAACAAAGCAGCUUGGGAUGGCGCAGCGAAAGUUUGCUCAGUGCCUGGGGGAGUUUCAGUUUGAGUACAUCGGCGACGCAAAGACAGAUGAUGAGAAAUGUAUUGAUGAGUCUUUGCAAGAGUUCUCCUCAUUCCUCAAGAACCUAGAAGACCAAAGAGAGCUGAUGAUGAGAAACAUCACAGAAACCUUAAUGAAACCCCUGGAGAAGUUCAGGAAAGAUCAUCUUGGUACAGUAAGGGCGGAAAGAAAGAGGUAUGAGAAAGAAACGGAGAAGUACUACAGCUCUUUGGAAAAGCUUCUGAAUAUGUCGGCAAAAAAGAAAGAGCCACAACUACACGAGGCAGACAGCCAGGUGGAAACCAUGAGGCAACAUUUUCAGGAGGAGUCCCUGGACUAUGUGUGCAAACUGCAGGAGAUCCAAGAGAGAAAGAAGUUUGAGUGUGUGGAGCCGAUGCUGGCCUUCUUUCAGACGGUCUUCACCUUUUAUCACCAAGGGUUUGAGCUCGCCAAGGACUUUGACCAUUAUAAAAAAGCACUACAGAUCAAUAUUCAGAAUACAAGGGGUCGAUUUGAGGGUGCGCGAUCAGAGGUGUACGAGCUGAUGAAAAGGAUCAGGGAGACUCCUCAAGAAUACAGACAGACGAGCCCUAUCAGUUGUGAAGGCUACCUCUAUGUACAGGAAAAACGGCCACCCCCUUUUGGUUCAAGUUGGGUCAAACGGUACUGCACUUUUGUCAAAGAGCAGAAGAUCCUGCACAUGGUGACAUUUGACCACAGAUCUGGUGGGAAGAUUGGUGAGAGAGAGUCUGUCACACUCAAAUCCUGUGUCCGCAAAACGACAGACGUGUUGGACAGGAGGUUCUGCUUAGAGCUCGACAUAACAGAUCGGCCAGGGACAGUGCUAACCGUACAGGCUCUGUCAGAGGAUGACCACAAGUUCUGGAUGCAGGCCAUGGGUGGGAAGGAACCUAUUGGACACUAUCUUGGGAGAACUCUUUCUAAAGAAAGAGGAAUUGAUGCUCAGCUGGAUGAUAUGGGUUUGAGUUUUGUGAAGAACUCCAUCAGCGCCAUAGAGACGAGAGGUAUUAAUGACCAAGGCCUGUACAGAGUUGUUGGCGUAAGCUCCAAGGUCCAGAAGCUCCUCUCAUUAAUGAUUGAUGAGAAGAGCAAUGAUGUGGAUCUGUCUACUAGCGAGGACUGGGAUGUGAAGACAAUAACGAGUGCACUGAAGCUUUAUCUGAGGAGCCUUCCUGAGCCGUUGAUGACCUAUGGACUUUACAAAGAGUUUAUUAGCCCUGCAAAGGGCGGUAGUCCAGAGGCUCGCAUCCAAGCCAUCCACUGCCUGGUCCACAAACUACCGGAGAGGAAUCGACAAGUCCUCGGGCUGCUUAUGAAGCAUCUGGCCAAGUGAGUGCUCAUAGCUCCCUGGUCAUAGUUCAUCCAAUCUUCACAACCCCU